UAAAACAAAAGUGAAACUGUUCAGACAUUCUCCGAAUCCGAAUGCAAGUUAUCGUGGUGGCUCUCGUGGAUUAGUCAAUCAUAAACCAAUCUUUGUUAAACUUUAGAACAUUUUCAAUAGGCUAUAGAGUACAUUCUUUUGUUAUUAGGGCAAGGGCAAGGCAGAGUUAGUGGGCAUCCAAUGAUAAUAGGAAGAGAGCUGGCCCGAGCAGUAAGUAGUAAAAUGGUUUACUAAAUUGAGACGACAACUUUUUAGGAUGCAUCGCAGGAUUGAACGGCUGUGUCCAUUUUUCCUGGUUCCAGUUCUCUCCUACUUACCCUGGAGAUCGAUCGUGGAAAAUUAUUUUGCAAGGUUUUUGGAACGCACAGGGAGAUGUAUCUUGCCAAAUUAUCCUGACAGUCCAGAAUCCCUUCUAAGUGAAGGAGUGAGGAGUCCAGAAUCCCUUCCUAUUCCUGAAGUGGAGAGACUAGAACCCCUUCCCAGUGAAGGAGUGGGGAGUCCAGAAACCUUUCCCAGUGGAGGAGUGGGGAGUCCAGAAUCCAUUUUUAGUGAAGGAGUGGAGAGUCCAGAAUCCCUUCUAAGUGAAGGAGUGGGGAGUCCAGAAUCCCUUCCUACUCAAGAAGUGGAGAGUCUAGAACCCCUUCCCAGUGAAGGAGUGGGGAGUCCAGAAUCCCUUCCCAGUGGAGGAGUGGGGAGUCCAGAAUCCCUUUUUAGUGAAAAAAUGGAGAGUCCAGAAUCCCUUCCCAGUGAAGGAGUAGGGAGUCCAGAAUCCCUUUUUAGUGAAGAAGUGGAGAGUCCAGAAUCCCUUCCUACUCAAGAAGUGGAGAGUCUAGAACCACUUUCCAGUGAAGGAGUGGGGAGUCCAGAAUCCCUUCCCAGUGGAGGAGUGGGGAGUCCAGAAUCCCUUUUUAGUGAAGAAGUGGAGAGUCCAGAAUCCCUUCCUACUCAAGACGUGGAGAGUCUAGAACCCCUUUCCAGUGAAGGAGUGGGGAGUCCAGAAUCCGUUCCCAGUGGAGGAGUGGGGAGUCCAGAAUCCCUUUUUAGUGAAGAAGUGGAGAGUCCAGAAUCCCUUCCCAGUGGAGGAGUGGGGAGUUCAGAAUCCCUUUUUAGUGAAGAAGUGGAGAGUCCAGAAUCCCUUCCCAGUGGAGGAGUGGGGAGUCCAGAAUCCCUUUUUAGUGAAGAAGUGGAGAGUCCAGAAUCCCUUCCCAGUAGAGCAGUGGAGAGGCCAGAAACCCUUCUCAGUGGAGAAGUCAAGCUUCGGGUUGUCAGGUCAGCUAGGUCUUAUGAUGUUGAAGACACAGAUGAGUACUACUGCGAGUACGACUCGACAUGGGAGGAUCCUCCAAACAGAGAAACCAGUCGUCAAAAGUCCCAACAUGAGUGGGUACACCAGUACACCGGUUGGUCGCAACAAUCACACAGGUUUAACAGAUUCAAAAGUGCAGCAAAGGAUAUGCAAAAGUACAGGCAUGAUUAUCCAGAGCAUAGAUCAAACUUGUACUUCGGCUGGCAACAACAAGAAGAUAUGCCUAAUUUACAGUUCUACCGUGAACAAAUACCCUCCUCCCCCGAUGGUGUCUUCAUUGAGGACUUUCACAGGAAAUGGAACAGGCAAUAUUUAAAACUGGAAAGAGUUCACUCAUACAUCCAAUGGUUGUUCCCUCUUCAAGAACCAGGAAUGAAUAAUCAAGCCAAGGAACUCACCAAAAAGGAAAUUGAGGCUUUCCUUCAAGAUGAAACUGCGAAGAAGAGGCUGGUCAAGUCGUACAAGCUCAUGCUGGACUUCUACGGCAUCCAGCUGUCAAAUGACUCAUCAGGGGAAGUGCGACGCGCUAAUAACUGGCGUGACAGAUUUGACAACCUGAACAGAAAUACUCACAACAACCUGCGCAUCACCCGCAUCCUGAAGUGCCUGGGCACUCUGGGGUUCCCCCACUACCAGGCCCCACUCGUCCACUUCUUCCUGGAGGAAACUCUUGUCAAAGGCAACCUGUACAAUGUGAAGGAGAGCGUGCUCAACUACUUCAUCUUUGCUGUCAUUGAUAAGCAACAACGCAGGGAAUUAGUUAAGUAUGCCUACAAGCACUAUGAGCCCAAACUUGAGUUUGUGUGGUGCCCUAAGAAGAUCCAGAUGAUUUUCUCAAAUGGAGAAGAAUUAUCAGAUAGUAGGCAAACAAUGGCAGGCCAUUACCAGCAUGGUAACUCAGUAGAUGACAGAGAUGUCAGUGACAACCUGUCCAUUCCUCGUAAUGAUUCAGAAGGCAAGAACAAUUCAGUGAAAGAGCCACUUAAUAAAGAGGUUUCACGGAGUCAGUCAAAGAUCGAAUGCUCAGCGAUUGAGCAAUCUACUCAAGAGGUAUCCCAGAGCCCGGUUAAGACCACUGAGGGUCCUGCCAUAGAGCUAUCUCCUCAUAAGGUACCCCAGAGCAAGGUUAAUAAAGCCAGAACCAGAGAUGCCCCAAAGAGCUGCCGCGCCAAAAAGCCUAGAAUUGGGGAAAUGACCAAAACAGUUUCGGAGAGCACCAGUAAAACACCAAAUAAGAAUCAUCCUUCUACCACAGAAAAGCAAUAGUAUCUGUACAUUAAAACAGGUGUUAAAUGUAACAGUGGCGAGGGCAUAAAAGCAGAGGGCAUAAAAGCAUAUGGGAAGGGGAAGAUUUUGAUAUUUUAAUAAAGUAUAAUAAAAUUAUAAUUGACUGUUAUGUAUACUUAGUAUCAGUGAUGUAUAGUACUUAAGUAAACAAACUUUAAAGUAAUACUUAAGUCGUUUUUUGGAGUAUCUGUACUUUAUUUUACAAUUUAUAUUUUUACUCUACUACAUUUUUACUCCACUACAUUCGUAAAGAAAAUAAUGUACUCCAUAUAUUUUCUAUUACACCCAAAAGGACUCGUUACAUUUGGAAUGCUUAGCCGGACAGGAAAAUGGUCCAAUUCACGCACUUAUCAAGAGAACAUUCCUUGUCAUCCCUACUGCCUCUGACUCACUAAACACACAUGCUUCGUUUGUGAAUUAUGUUGGAGUGUUGGAGUGUGCACCUGGCUAUCCGUAAAUAAAAACAGAAAAACAUGUAAUAGUUCUGUCUGGUUUGCUUAAUAUAAGGAAUUUGAAAGUAUUUGUUAUACAUUUUUGCAAUUACAUUUACUUCUGAUACUUGAGUAUAUUUAAAACCAAAUACUUUAAGGAUUUUACUCAAGUAGUAUUUUACUGAUUUGACUUUCACUUUUACUUGAGUCAUUUUCUAUUAAGAUAUCUUUACCUUUACUCAAGUAUGACAAUUGGGUUCUAUAUAAACCACUGUUUAGUGUAGGUAUAAAUAGCAUAACCAAUUAACAGUUUAUAAAAAACGACAGCUAAUUUGUUAUAUAGUGUUGGAUCCUGUGUUUUACAUUAUAGCCAUUACCAUAUAUAUAAUUGAAUAUUAUCUGCUGUUGGCUUGUGUGGAUGUAUGUAUGUGUUAUGCAACAUAGCUGACUUGAAACAUUGUUAAAAGCUUCAGGGCCAUGGGCCUUUCUCAUGAUGGAAAAAUACAGAAGACGCAAUGAUUUGGGGGGGGGGGCACAUUCAGAGGGUGGGGUUGCAGAACAAGCGGUCUUUUGUUAGAUAACAGGAGCCAGGUGCGAGAUAACGGUAUGGAGCAUGAGCGCAUGGAUGUUCUUCACAGCAACAGUUACAUCUAUCAACAGAAGCGCCAAGAGGCGGGGACCCGCCUGAGCGCCUGCAAUAGGCUGAGCAAGUUUAAACCACGCCCAGCCUCUACUGUGAUAGGCCAACAGACGGGUUGGAACUGUCUAUCACAGUAUAAAGAAUACUGUUUACAUACAUCUUGUCAGUUCUCUGUUCUGCCCUGCGUGGUAUUACAGUGAGCCCGUAUAUACGAAAGUUGCAUUUGCCAUUUAUUACUUAGCUAAUAAAAAAUACAUAGUAUACAA